AUGGCUCAGACAGGGAGGAACAGCGCUUUGGCAGGGUUGAAGAUUGAGACGUCGUUUGAUCACACCAAUAGACCGCGGUGGCGAGAUGAUCCAGAUGGAGGACACCGGGUUGAUCGAGAUGGUAUCGAGGGCGACCGUACACACAUCUUUCACGAUUCUGACGCACCCUGUUGCGGUACUGAUGAAGACAACAGUGUAUUGAGUGGAGUGCAUGCCUCAACACCGCCUAUUUCGGUACCACGACUGGAUGACUACCCUCACUCUGAAGAUGUUAGCUAUCCCCAUAAACCCGAAGAGAUUCCUGCUUCCCCCCUCGAUGACUUUCUUCAACACCGCCGUCCAUCCGUCACCUUCGAUCCGAAUGUCACGCUUGACUCGGGUCCACAACAACCGCUUGAAGAGCCUUUGCCCAGGGGAGAUGCCAGAACUCGAAACCAAAGAUUCCAGACAAGGAGUUCCAAUCUGAGGCAUGCGCUGUCCCAAGAAGAUGCCGACGAGCAAGAAUCCGUACCCACGAGCGCAAGCUCUAGCCCCCAAAAGUACCGAAACCACCGCGGACAGCCUCUGAACACGCGAGAGGGUAUUCCUAUCAGUCCGGGGUACGGUAAUGCACCGUCUACGUCGGAGCUUGAUCGGCCGACAUCCCUCACAUCAGUCUCGACUGCGUCGCCCAUCAAUGACGAAUUGCGAACCCCUCCGGAGAAUUCCAAGAGUGCUCUCGCUUCUCCGAUCUGUGUCGCCUCGCCCAUACAGCCGUUCCCUUCGCUGGACGAUCGCGGCUCCUGGCCCAGUAGUGUGGUCACACCGUUCGGAAGUAAGUCCCGGUAUCAUCGAAGCUCGACCCGGCUUAGCUCUCGCCGGUCCACCGCCUCUAGUGGCAAGUCUCCGGCUAGCACGUUUUUGUCCAUGUGGAGUGGCGCCGAGGAGCCUGCUCCACAGCCUGAUGAUGAGGGCCAGAUGGUCGGCACUGAGUAUGUCCUGGGAAAACAGAUCGGGUUUGGUGGCUUCAGCACCGUGAAAGAAGCCUAUAAAGUCGAUGAAAGCGGAGAGACCAAGCGACUAGCGGUCAAGAUCGUGCGGAAGCAUGUUUCCGGCAAAAGCGAGAAGGAAAACGACGAGGUUCAGGCAGAGUUUGAUCACGAGGUUCGAGUAUGGAGAUAUCUCAACCACCCGCAUCUCCUGACCCUGGAUGCCGUCUACGAAACCGAUUACGCUACCUUCUGCUUCACGAAGCUGGCCAUCGGCGGCACUCUUUUUGAUCUCGUUCGGCAGAACCGUCAAGGGCUGGACAUGAAGCUGGCAAAGAAGUACGCUUACCAGCUCGCGUGUGCCCUUCGCUAUCUCCAUGAAGAUGCUCGCGUCGUGCAUAGAGAUAUCAAGCUGGAAAACUGUCUCUUGGACCCGACAGACUUACCGGAUGGUACCAAGACGUCGAAUCUUGUGCUGUGCGAUUUCGGAAUGGCCGAGUGGAUGGUCACCGAUAAUGGAAGCCAUUCGCCUGAACCAUAUGAUGAGCCUGCGGACCGGCCACCCCCCAAAACCAUCGGACCGGCAGGCUCGAGCACCAGCGUUGCGGGGAGCCUGGAAUAUGCUUCGCCGGAACUACUCCUUUCGACUAAUGGGGUGAUUGAUCCGUCCGUGGAUAUCUGGGCCUUUGGUGUCAUUGCAUUCACCAUGGUCGUUGGAUCACGCCCGUUCCAAGACCCUUUCGCACCACGCAUUCAGUCGCGCAUUAUCAGCGGCACCUGGAAAAGACAAGCCGUCCUCGGAGAGAAGACGGAUACGCCAGACCGACAUGACAGAGAAGCUGCGCUUGAGUUGAUUACGGGAUGCCUUGAUCUAGACGUUGACAAACGCUGGACUAUCCGUGACGUUCUAUCUUCACGUUGGCUACGCGAGUUUACCGACACCGUCGGAGACGGAUCAGACUAUGCGUGGAGGCUGUAA